AUGGAAUGUUGUAAUUUUGAUUUCCUUUUUGGUCAUCAUUGCUUUCUGUGUCCUGGUUACAUUCAACCUUCGUUUGCACCAUUUCUGUGCGGAAUUCUUCAUUGUCUCUGCCAUGGACAUGUUGCUGUUUUUCUUUUCUUUCCUCUCUCUCUCUUUCUUGCUUUCCUUUCCUUUCUCUUUCUUUUCUUUCCUCUGUCUCUCUUUCUCACUUUUCUUUCCUCUGUCUCUCUUUCUCACUUUUCUUUCCUCUGUCUCUCUUUCUCACUUUUCUUUCCUCUGUCUCUCUUUCUCUUUUUUUCUUUCUCCUUUCUUCUCUCUCUUCUCUUUCUUCUCCUUGUUUCUCUCCAUUUUUCUCUCUCUCUUUCUCUUUCUUCUUUCUCUCUCUCAUUUUCCUUUCUCUUUCUCUCAUUUUCUUUCUUCUUUCUCUCUCUCUCUUUCUCUCAUAUCAUUCCUUUCUCUCUCUCUCGCUUUCUCACUUUUCUUCCCUCUCUUUCUCCUUUUUCUCUCUUCCUUUUCUUUCUUCUCUUUCUCUCUACACGCAUUUCUUCUUUCUCUCUCUCUUUCUCAACAUUUCUUCCUUUCUCUCUCUUCUUUUUCUCACUUUUCUCUUCUUUUUCUCUCUCUCUUUCACUUUUUCUUCUCUUCUCUCUCUCUCUCUCUCUCUCUCUCUCUCUUUCUUCUUUUUCUCUCUCUCUCUCUCUCUCUCUCUCUUUCUUAUAUUACUUUUCUCUCUCUCUCUCUCUUAUACUCUCUCUCUUUUUCUUUAUUUCUCUCUUUUUCUUAUUUCUCUCUCUCUUAUAUUUUCUCUUCUCUCUCUCUCUCUUUCUUCUUUCUAUCUCUCUCUCACACAUUUCUUCUUUAUCUCUCUCUCUCUCACACGCAUUUCUUCCUUAUCUCUGUCUCUCUCUCAUUUUUUCUUUCUUAUCUCUCUCUCUCACACUUUUUUCUCUCUUUCUUUCUUUAUCUCUCUCUCUCUUAUCUUCUCAAUCUCUCUCUCUCACUUUUCUCUCUCUCUCUUUCUUAUUACUUUUCUCUCUCUCUCUCUCUUUUUCUCUUCUCCUUAUUACUUUUUCUCUCUCUCUCUCUCUCUCUCUCUCUCUCACUCAUUUCUUCCUUAUCUCUCUCUCUCACGCAUUUCUUCCUUAUCUCUCUCUCUCACGCAUUUCUUCCUUAUCUCUCUCUCUCACGCAUUUCUUCCUUAUCUCUCUCUCAUCUUAUAUUACUUUUUUCUUUUCUUCUUACUUUUUUCUCUCUCUCUCUCUCUCGCAUUUCUUCUCUUAUCUCUCUCUCUCACUUUAUAUUACUUUUCUUUCUUCUUUCUUUAUCUCUCUCUCUCGCAUUUCUUCUCUCUCUCUCUCUCUCACGCAUUUCUUCUCUCUACUUUUUCUCUCUCUCUCUCUCUCUCUCUCUUUUUCAUUUUUUUUCUCUCUUUCUCUCUCUCUUUCUUUUCUCUCUCUUUCUUUGUAUUACUUCUCUCUCACGCAUUUUCUUCUCUUAUCUCUCUCUCACAUACUUUUUUCUUCCUUAUCUCUCUCUCUCGCAUUUCUUAUUACUUUUUUCUCUCUCUCACGCAUUUCUUCCUUUUCUCUCUUUCUUAUAUUACUUUUUCUCUCUCAUUUCUUAAUACUUUUUUCUCUCUCUCUCUUAUAUUCUUUUUUCUUCCUUCUUUCUCUCUCUCUUAUAUUCUUUUCUCUCUCUCUCUAUAUACUUCCUUUCUUCCUUUUCUUUUCUCUCUCUCCUUUUCUCUCUCUUUCUCACUCUCUUUCAUUUCUUCCUUUCUCUCUCUCUUUCUCACGCAUUUCCUUUCUCUCUCUCUUUCUCUCUCUCUUUAUUUUCUCUCUCUCUCUCCUUAUACUUUUUCUCUCUCUUUCUCUCUCUCUCUUUCUUACUUUUCUCUCUCUCUUAUAUUACUUUUUCUCUCUCUCUCUCUUCUUAUUUCUUUUUCUCUCUUCACUUUUCUUCCUUUCUCUCUCUUUCUCACGCAUUUUCUUUUCUCUCUUCUCUCUCAUUACUUUUUCCUCCUUUCUCUCUCUCUUUCUUAUAUUACUUUUUUCCUUUCUCUCUCUUUCUUUUCUCUCUCUCUUUCAUUUCUUUUUUUCUUUCUCUUUUUCUCGCAUUUCCUUUCUCUCUCUCUUUCUCUCUUUCUUAUAUUACUUUUUCAUUUCUUUUCCUUUCUCUCUCUCUUUUUUCUGUCUCUCUUUUUCCUUUCUCUCUCUCUCUUUCUCUCUCGCUCUUUCUCUCUUUUUUCCUUUCUCUCUCUCUUUUCUCAUACACUUUUUCCUUUCUCUCUUUUCUCUCUUUCUUUUUAUAUUUUCUCUCUUCUCUUUCAUUUUCCUUUCUUCUCUUCUCUCUCUCUUUCUCUCUCAUUUCUCUUUCUCACUUUUCUUUUUUUCUCUCUUAUAUUCUCUCUCUCUUAUAUUACUUUUUCUCUCUCUCUCUUUUCUCUCUCUCUCUCUCUUUCUUAUAUUACUUUUUUCUCUCUCUCUCUUUCUUAUAUUACUUUUCUCUCUCUCUCUCUCUUUCUUAUAUUACUUUUUCUCUCUCUCUCUUUCUUAUAUUACUUUUUCUCUCUCUCUCUCUUUACUUUUUCUCUCUCUCUCUCUUUCUUAUAUUACUUUUUCUCUCUCUCUUUCUUUCUUAUUUUUUUUCUCUCUCUUUCUCUCUCUCUCUCUCUUUUCUUAUAUUACUUUUCUCUUUUCUCUCUCUCUUUCUUAUAUUACUUUUCUCUCUUUUCUCUCUCUCUUUCUUAUUUUACUUUUUCUCUCUCUCUUUUCUUAUAUUACUUUUUUCCUCUUUUUCCUCUCUCUCUUAUUACUUUCUCUAUCUCUCUUUCUCACUUUUCUUUCAUCUCUUAUUUCUUUUCUCCUUAUCCUCUUUGUUUCUUUUUCCCUUCUCCUUUUUUUCUCUUUCUACUUUUCUCUCUCUCUCUUCUUCAUUUUCUCUCUCUCUUUCUCUUUCUUUUCCCUCUUUUUCUUUUUUCCCUCUCAUUUUUUUUCUUUUACCCCUCUCCUUUCUUAUUUCUUUUCUUUCACCAAUCUCCCUCGUUUUUCAUUCACCAUCCCUUCCUCCUUUUUCUCUAAUCCAUCACUUUUCUUUUAUUUUCUCUCUCUCUCUCUUUCUUAUAUUUUUCUCUCUCUCUCUUUCUUAUCCACCCCCCCUCUUUUCUUUUCUUUCAGCUCUUCUUGUAUUUGUUGCUAUCUUUACAUUUUCUUUUCUUUUUCCCACCAAUCUGCUGCUUGCCUCACAUUUAAAACAGGCUUUUUCAAAGUUAUUCAGUUUUAG